AUGACCAGUUCGACGACUUCUUCUGCUCGUUUUCCUCGCAUCUCUAAUCAUGGUGUGCCCACAAGAUGUUGGUGUGGCGAGGGUAUAACCACUUUUGGUUCAUCGACGGCGGAGAAUAGGUAUCGACGAUUCUACAGAUGUCAAAUCGCAAGAGAUAGAAAAACUGAGAAUCAUCUAUUUAAAUGGAUUGAUGAAGCUUUGAUUGACGAGAUACGGAUGGUAGAUGCGAAACAUGAGAGAGUUGCUCAAGAGAUUACAAAGUUUGAAGAAAGGGUUAUGGAAAAAGUGAAGUCCGAAAUUGUUAGAGUUGAAGCUGAGAUGUCAGAAAAGUUCAAAGAGAAGGUGAACUUGGAGAUUGCUAGAGUUGCACAGGAUAUGAAACAGAAGCUAAAGAUUACGACGGUUGCUAUGGUUGUUGUGGGAGCAAUCGUGGGAAUAUGGACUUCUCUUACUGUCUGA